CUCCUCCCUGGAAACUGGAGGAGCAUCUUCUCCCUCUGACGUCAUGACAGCAGCAUCAGCUGUUAGCUCUGCUUUAAGCCUUUUCGCUGCCGAUCGCUGCCUGCACAAAGGAAAAUAUAUAUGAGAUCCCCUCCAAUUCCUGAAAUGGCGACACAGGAGGUACAGCUGAAUGAGACUCUGGCCCAUCUCAAAACGGAAUCGGAGACGCUGAAGUCGAAGCUGGAGGAGGAAAGAGCGAAGCUGCACGAUGUCGAGCUACAUCAGGUGGCAGAGAAGGUGGAGGGACUGGGUCAGUUUGUCAUGAAGACCCGGAGAACUCUGAAGGGACACGGCAACAAAGUUCUGUGUAUGGACUGGUGUAAGGACAAGAGGAGGAUCGUCAGCUCCUCACAGGAUGGAAAAGUGAUUGUAUGGGAUGCUUUCACCACCAACAAGGAGCACGCUGUGACAAUGCCUUGCACCUGGGUGAUGGCCUGCGCCUACGCCCCCUCUGGGUGUGCUGUGGCCUGCGGGGGCCUGGACAACAAAUGCUCAGUUUAUCCUCUGUCCCUGGACAAGAAUGAGAACUUGGCUGCGAAGAAGAAGUCAGUGGCCAUGCACACAAACUACCUGUCUGCCUGUAGCUUCACCAACUCAGACAUGCAGAUCCUGACGUCCAGUGGGGACGGUACCUGUGCAUUAUGGGAUGUUGAGAGUGGGCAGCUGUUGCAGAGUUUCCAUGGACACGCAGCAGACGUGCUGUGUCUGGACCUGGCCCCCUCCGAGACCGGAAACACAUUUGUUUCAGGGGGUUGUGAUAAGAAGGCCAAUGUGUGGGACAUGCGCUCAGGACAGUGUAUUCAAUCCUUUGAAACUCAUGAAUCAGAUAUAAAUAGUGUGCGAUACUAUCCCAGUGGAGAUGCAUUUGCAUCUGGCUCAGAUGAUGCCACAUGCCGCCUGUAUGACUUAAGGGCAGACAGAGAAGUGGCUAUUUAUUCCAAAGAGAGCAUCAUAUUUGGGGUUUCCAGUGUUGAUUUCUCUCUCAGUGGCCGGCUACUGUUUGGUGGCUACAACGACUACACCAUAAAUGUUUGGGAUGUUCUCAAAGGAACACGGGUGUCUAUUCUGUUUGGACAUGAGAACCGUGUCAGUACACUGAGAGUCUCCCCAGAUGGGACCGCCUUCUGCACAGGUUCCUGGGACCACACUCUUCGGAUCUGGGCUUAAGGAUGAAGACACAGAGAAUUAAAUGGUAGACAGACCUACUGAAGACACACCGAUAUUUCUGUUUGCUAGAGUACAAUCACAGAGAUAGAGACUCAGUCUUGGUUGUACAAAGAGCAUAUUAAUAGCAUUGUAUAUACUCCAGUCUCAAAGGGUAGAUUUACAUAUGUCAGAGAGUAAUUAAACCAAAUGGCACGCUUGUAUUACAGUAUGAUUGAAAGAAAACUUAUGGUUACAACUUAAGAUGUAAAAUGUAUAUUGCAGAAAAUAUAAUUGGUAGUGACUAGCAUCAGUCUAGGAUAGAAGUGAUACAAUAAAGUGAUGUAUUGUAUGUGCCCACAUAAAGGACAUUACUUGUUUAUUUAUUUGUUUUUCUGCACAAAAAAAAAUGGAGGAAAGUGGAAGAAAAUGGGACACAAGGAAACAAAAUACAUCUGCAGGAGAAGCAGUGAGGUUUAUUUGAAGGCCUCAGCUUCAUUGGGCUAGUCUCAGUCAUGCCACAGACUGAGAGAGAGAGAGGAGGAUGGGUAUAUGUGACUUCUCUGUAAAUGAGAAAUAUUGGAAAAUGAGGGAUUGGAGUGAGGAUGAUUAGAUUGGCUUGCAGAAAUGAGUCUGUAUUAGUUAGUCUGCAGCAAUUAAAAAUAACAUUGCAUACAAAUGAAUAGCGUAAAACUUUAUGACCAAAAAGGGUCAUUUGUAGUUUAUUACAGAUGGAAAUAGACAGCAAAUUCAUGUAUUUUUUAUUCUACAUUCUUGACAGCAACCCACCUGCCAAUAUUAUCCUAAUGUAAGAAAGCACAUUUAAAGGUAAACCUUCAAUGUAUGAUGUUUAUUUUCAACCCCAUGACCUUAAAAUAUGGUUUACCUCUCAUCUCUGUUUGUUUCCAGCUGUAGAUGCCACUCACUGCUCGAUGUGCACAUUCAGUCACUGCAGACACCCUGAACCUGUGAUCCCCCACUAGAUAUCUAAAUACUAAUAUAUAAAUACAUAUAAAAAACAUGUUUCAAUUCUUAGAAUCCACUCCUUUUCAUGCAGUUGUCCAAUGGCUGUAAUUUCAUAUUUACUGUAAUUAUUUUAUUGUAGUUUAGUGUACAGUUAUACAAGGGACUGUUUAUCAAAAAUAUUACAAACAUAAUAAACUGAGUUUUGAAUAUCACAA